GCUGCUGGGUUUCUCGACUGAAGGGGGUUUGUCGUAAUCUCGACUGGAUGAGCAAAAUGACUGGUGCUAUGGAGCAGCCGGGAGGAGCCCCCGCCGAAAAAUGUGCAAAAACCUAAAGAGACUCUACCCUUGGACGCUUCCUGGAAUUUAGAGAGAAAAAAAAAACAUACGAGUUUGUGAUUCCCCUCCCUCUCUGGGGCUGUCACAAGCUUGGGGCUAUUUCGCUUGCUAGUCGAGUGGUUCGCUGUUCUGUAGCCUUGCGUCGUCUUGUCGGAUAGCCGAAUGUUGUUUGGUUGAGAGAUCGUAGUUAGUGGAGACCGGACACGGGGAGUACGCAGAAGUGGGUGCUGUUCGGGGGGUAUGAUCUCCGUACUCUCCUAUGGCAGACUCGUUGCCAGGGCUGUCCUGGGCGGACUAGUCCAAACAGAUAGCCGGGACUACAGCCUGGUGACGGCACGCUGCGGUUUCGGGAAAGACUUUCGGAAGGGGAUUUUGAAGAAAGGGAUGUGUUAUGGUGACGACGCCUGCUUCAUAACCAAGCACAAAUCCGCAGAUGUUUUGGGUGUGGCGGAUGGCGUGGGCGGGUGGCGGGACUACGGCGUUGACCCCUCCCAGUUCUCCAUAACGCUGAUGAAGACGUGCGAGAGGCUGGUGAGGGAGGGCCGCUUCACGCCCUGCAACCCUGUGGGCAUCCUGACCACCAGCUACUACGAGCUGCUGCAGAACAAAGUGCCUCUGCUGGGGAGCAGCACGGCCUGUAUCGUGGUGCUGGACCGGCGCAGUCACCGGCUGCACACGGCUAACCUGGGGGACUCUGGGUUCCUGGUGGUUCGGGGAGGGGAGGUGGUGCACCGGUCAGAUGAGCAGCAGCACUACUUUAACACGCCCUUCCAGCUCUCCAUCCCGCCCCCUGAGGCUGAGGGAGCGGUGCUUAGGGACAGUCCUGACGCCGCUGACCAGUCCUCCUUUGAUGUCCAGCUGGGUGACAUCAUCUUAACCGCCACAGAUGGGCUGUUCGACAACAUGCCUGAUUAUAUGAUCCUGCAGGAACUUAAAAAGCUCAAGAAUUCUAACUACGAGAGCAUCCAGCAGACAGCCCGCAGCAUCGCAGAGCAGGCCCACGAGCUGGCCUACGACCCGAACUACAUGUCGCCGUUCGCCCAGUUCGCCUGCGACAACGGGCUGAACGUACGAGGGGGGAAGCCUGAUGACAUCACCGUGCUGUUGUCGAUAGUAGCCGAGUACACGGACUGAAGGGGCGCUGGGGCCCACGGUCUGCCGUCUUCCAUCCGUGUUCCCCUCAGAACUGAACUCAAACGGAAACCGUCUCUUUCUGCCACCGAGGCUGCCCCGCCCCUGUGGGCCGGCCGUUCUUCAUGCAAAGCCUAAAUGGACGGGUGGAUGGCGGGCGCCGCCCUGGUGGUUCCAUGCGGUCAUUAGAGACGGCACCCUCUGGACUGCGUGGUCUGGUGUUCGCUCCUGCUUCUGUAAUCACUGAUGUUUAAUUUAAAAUACCAUCGUUUAUGUAAAGGGGCCCCCCCAUGCUGUGUGUGUGCGGGGGGGGGGGGGGGUUCCUAUAACCCCAGGCAGUGUUGCAGGAGUGAGCAGGAGGGGGGGGUCUGGUGUCUGAUUCAGUGUAGCUGUGGAAUGAUGUUGCCGUUCAUGUCUGAGAGGUGAAUGUGUGGUUUCUUUUUUGUUUUGUUAGUUUCUUUUUUAAUGGUGUGGUAAUGGGAGGGGUGAAGAAGUGGUGUCAGCAGGCUAGUAACUGUGGGAUUAUGGGAUAUCUCUGCAAGUGUUCUUUGAGCUGGGCUUUUUUUUUUCAGCGAGCAAAGCCAACAAACACACACGAGACACAGGAAGGGGAAUAUUGAAUGUAGAUUCUUGCAAGUGUAUGUGCAUCAGGGAUUAGGUCAAAGGUCCCAGGCUUGGUUUCCUCUGCAGGUAUUUGCAUCCCUGUGAUUUUGCAAACCGUCAAAAGCUGCUUUGUCAUGCUUGUCGCACGUGUGAGUGUAGGACAAAGCCCUGUGAUGUAUUUCUGGAUGAUGGGAGAAAUGGAGGGCCGCAGUGUCUGCAGGUUUAACUCCAGUCCUGGAGGGCCGCAGUGUCUGCAGGUUUAACUCCAGUCUUGGAGGGUCUGCAGGUUUAUUUGGUUUAUUUUCAAUCGGUGGGCAGUUUAGGCCUAGGAAACCAUGUGUGUGUGUGUGGACCUUGAGCUGAUCAGUUAAAGUAAGCGCUUCAGGUGCUAAAAUCUGCAGGUCUUUAGUUUGAAAUCUCUGCUCUGAUGCUUUAACGGCACUUGCCAUCCGGCUGGGUCACAUCACGCGUUCACCGAAAGGUCGUUGGAAGGGCAUUGUACUGUUUGUGUCAAACCACCUGCUUUAUUUCUGGUUUAGCAUUUGCUUAGCUGUGGAUGUGCUCUGUGUUCCCAUAACUCAGCUGCAGCUUCCAGUGGCUGAAUUAGACUGUGUCAGUUACAUUACAUUAUUGCCAUUUGGCAGAUGCUCUUAUCCAGAGCGACUUACAGUUGAUUUUAGACUAAGCAGGAGACAAUCCUUCCCUGGAGCAAUGCAGGAUUAAGGGCCUUGCUCAAGGGCCCAACGGCUGUGCGGAUCUUUUUGUGACUACACCGGGGAUCGAACCACCAACCUUAUGUGUCCCAGUCAUGUACUUUAACCACUACGCUACUGGCCACCAGUUUGUAUGCAUUUAGGUUUGCCAUACAACCCCCACCCCAGUUUACCAUUUUUUCCAUCUUUAUUUGCUUUUGACAGCAAAGAUUUUAUUUUACUUCCUGUACUGGCAGGAUAGUGUUAACCUCUGACCCCUGAUAGAAAUGGCUCUGGAAAGUUCUGCUGAAUUCUGGCAGAUUCUGUAGGCAGACAUAGCUGUCAUGUUCUCAUUCACGAUGGAGACCCAGAUGAAUCUCAGAUUCAUUCAGGUAGACAGAGUGCUUUAAAGGACUCAGGUGUACCAGGCCCUCUGCUGCAGGGUGGAACACUAUUGGUCCAGAGCUGCCAGGUCACAUGACUUACUGUAUGGUGGUGUGUUUUAGCAGGCUCCACCCCUCCCCCUCCUGUUGACCUGGUUUGCUUCUGCCUGUGUGAUGUUCAUUUGGCCACAAGUGCUCUAGUUCCUCACCUAACGAGUCACAACUCGAAAAUAGCCCUAAAUCCAUCAUGGCCACUCAUUUAUAAAAUUAAAAUACAUAAAUUGGCCAAUCAGGUUGGAGAGCUAUGCAACGGGCAUUUAAGAAUGUAUGCACACCUGUCAGUCACCCAGAUCGCUUAGUAACGGCAAGGUGUGACCCAGAUGGUACCAUCCUAUUAGGACCCCAAAGACACGCCUCCUUCCUCUAUGUUUUUCUUUAUUUGGGUCUCUUGGGUGGUCUAAAUUCUUAACGACUACCUUCUUUCUUUUCUUUUUUUUCUUACUGUUUAUUCUGGUCAUUUUUAAGACGAAGACCAUGACCUUUGGUGAGGAGCUAAGGCUGUGCCCAGAUCAGUUGUGUUCAGAUGGCUUUAGGGAGGUAUGUGUUCUCAGAUCAGCCAUCUGCCUUAUAUGCCCCCCCACACUGUGAAGGUUUAAAGUGAUGUCUGUACUAUUAUGCAGUCUUAUCCUCAAAAGCUUGUCAUUGUGUUUAGUUAGACUGAUUUAAUGCAUCCAUUAUUGGAUGAAAAACGCUUAAUGUGUUGCCACAGGCAUGAUGGCUGUGUGGUCUCCAGGUGAACUUGGGGGGUGUCCCAAUACCCACUACCAACUCCUCUCUGCAAGUAUGCGUGGAAGGGGAGUGGACAAGUGGAGGGAAAGGAGGGUGCUUUUUUCGAGUAUUGGGAUGCACCCCCUUCAGUCCAUCUCUUAGCCAGUAGGAUCAGGAGGGAGGUGCAGGUGAGGUAGGAGGGAUAAUCUCACCCGUUCGGCCUAUCAGCUGGGCUGUCUCCACCUCCCACGCUUGCCAUGGUCACCCAGGUUCUCGGUGCAAUUUUUCCCCUCUCUCCGUCUGGUUUCAGUUCUGAGUCUGUCACAUGGUCUAAAAGCAGAUUGUGUUUGUCCGUGUGAGAGCUGCACCUGUUUUCCAUGUAUGCGUGUCUAUGUCUGUGUAUGUGUGUGUUUUGUGUACAGUACAACAAUGCAGGAAUAGUUUCUGUAAAUAUGUUUUCAAAGUUGUAAAAUAUUUAAAUAAAGAAUAUAGUAUUUAUACUA